AUGGGCGCGACCUGGAUCAAUGAAUAUACUCAGCCUACCAUCUUCGGGUUGUGCCAGAAAUUCGGCCUCGAGACAGCUGAACAGUAUAUCGAUGGGUACACCGUUUACGAGGACGGUGAAGGGCAAAUCCGCAAAAGAUUGGACAACAACCAGACCGAAAACGCCUCGUUUAGCGUCGAAGCUCCCGAUGCUGAGCAAGACCCAUUGACAGCGUUCGUUAUGCUGAUUGCUAUGGCUGCGGCAGAGCGCGACAUCUACCGAUUUGACAACUUCCCAGCCGAGGAAGACGUUUCUCUCGCAGAGUGGGUCGCGAAAAGGACAAAGCCCUUUGGGACAAUUCCGCAGUACGUGGUGCUUGCCGACAACUGUCUAGCGCCGUUGUCGGUCUCUCUCAAAGUCAAGAAAGGAACAUCUGCGAUCUCCAAUUCUCUCGUGGCAGCCAUGCCUCCAGGAACCAUCGUUCUCAAUAGCCCAGUGAACGCCAUUACACAAGUCCCGGCUGGAGAUGUCUAUGUGUCCACCAGCAACGGUCACCACUACAAAUCUCGACAGGUAAUUCUAGCCAAUCCUACAAACACGUACAAAAAUAUCCGCUUUUCUCCCCGUCUCCCCAAAUCCAAGGACACUCUAGUUUCGAACACAAAGCCGGGAAUUUACGCCAAGGUGAUUAUGACUUAUUCUUCGCCCUGGUGGCGCGAGGCGGGACUGGUCGGAAAAUUCGAGUCCGUGACGGGGCCGAUCUGCUUUAGCUGGGAUAUUUCGGACCUGGAUGCUAAGCAGUAUAGUCUUGCCGUCUUCGUCGCCGGUAAGGUUGCCGCCGCCUGGCAUGAGCUAAGCGAGCCGGCCCAGGAGGAGGCUAUCAUUGAGCACCUCGCUAGACUUGUGGGGCCGGAACUAGCGACUAAUGCCCGGGAUGUCGUGGAGAUAAACACCGUAGAGUGGACCAAAGAGGAGCAUAUUUGGGGUGGGCCCACAUCGGCGAUGGGCCCGGGAAUGCUGCGAAAGUACGGCCAUGCGCUGCGAGAGCCUUUUGGACGCUUGCAUUUCGCAGGAGGAGACCGCCUACGAGUGGAAGGGCUAUUUGGAAGGCGCUAUUACCUCUGGAAAGCGUGCGGCCGAGGAGAGCCCAAGACCGAAUUGGGUCGUUAUCGAACUCUCUCCAGCACAGCCGGUGUGCGCGUAUCACCGCUCGCACUGGGGGCAAUGUCCCUGGGCGUGGCGUGGACCGAAUUCAUGGGCUCCAUGGACGAGGAGCAGUCUUACAAGCUCCUAGACGCGUAUGUAGAUGCUGGCGGGAAUUUCAUCGAUACGGCGAAUAACUACCAGAAUGAGCAAUCUGAGGAAUAUAUCGGCCGGUGGAUGGCGAGCCGAAAGAACCGUGAUACCAUGGUCAUUGCCACGAAAUUCACAAACAAUUACGCUUCGCACAGACUAGGAGUGCUUUACCUAGGCGCAUCCGAUUGCCCGGCGUGGAUCGUAUCUGCAGCCAACGUAUACGCCAAGUCUCAUGGAAAAACUCCCUUCUCCGUCUACCAGGGCCGCUGGAGCUUGAUGGAACGCGACUUCGAAAGGGACAUCAUCCCCAUGGCUCGUCAUUUCGGCAUGGCGCUCUGCCCUUGGGGCGUUCUCGGAGGGGCUCAAUUGCAAACUUCGAAGCAGAUUGAAGAACGCAAGAAGAACAACGAGGGAGGUCGGAGCUUCUUCCAGACUGAAGAGGCCCGCAGGGUCAGCGAGGCUCUAGAGAAAGUGGCUACUGAACACGGCAUCGACAGCAUCCAGCAGAUUGCUCUCGCCUAUGUCAGGCAAAAGGCCAAGGGAGUGAAUGUGGUCCCCCUGCUUGGUGGUCGCAAAAUCCAGCAACUCGAGGACAACAUUGCGGCCUUGAGCAUCCGUUUGACGGACGAGCAGAUUAACCAAAUCGAUGAGAUUAAGGAGUUCGAUAUUGGGUUUCCCAUGAAUUUCGUCUCUGGAGACCCUAAACUAGGCUUUAAACGGCCGCCUUUGAUCGAGUCUCUAGUCGGUGCUAAGAUUGCCUACGAGGAUUGA